GGCACAAAUUCGCACCACUAAUUACAGAAAAAUCCUGCCAAGCAUCGCCCAAAUGUUGACAAUGUUUAUUCUUUGGAUGUUGAGGAGAGGAGGAGGUGUUCAGCGUAGGUAGCAAUUAGGUUUAGGGAGUCAAUGAGAGAGGAAGAGGAUACGAUGGUCGAGUUGGGGAGUCGGCGAGAGGGAUUGUACACUGGGAGAGCUAUUCCCACACAGCCAGCACCGCCGCGAGGGAACUUCGUGGAAUGCGGCGAGGAGUCGUUCUUCGGCUACGCUCCGGGGACGGUGAAGGGAGUGGCUCCGAUGAGCGGGGCGGCGGAGAAGGGUCGCGAACUCGCAAUGGUGAACAUCUAAGUCCAUGGACGACAGCAUGAUGCUUUGCGAUGGGUCUUUCAAUCAUGUUUUUUUAGCAAUGAACUUAGGGCCUCUGUAUUCAGAAGUAUGUCAA